CUCAUGAACACAUUGAAUUAUUUUUGCAAUUCAAGAAAGAAACAAGAAUGUAUUUGGCGAAGUUUUUUACACUGGAGGUGUCUUUUGAGGAGAUAUAGAUGAUGCAAUGUUUUGGACUCGUUGCUAUGACAACGGAAACGCAUGGAACCAAAUGUCAAACUUUAUAUUUCAUACCUCUUACUUUAUGAUACACGCUAUAUUUCAGAAGUAUAUUUUUCAUGAUCACGCGCAAAGUUAGGUUAAUGAAAUGAGGUUAAAAAUAUCCCUAAAAAAUAGUAAUGGACACCAACGUAUGGUUACGUGCGUCGCUUGGAAUUCUACAGAAGAAAUUUACUCGUGUAGCGAGGAUCAUUUGUUGAUAUGCUGGCAUCUGGAGGGUGGAACUGCUCAUUCCACUAUUGUCACUAAGUUCUCCGAUGAUUUCUAUCCAACGGAUAUGCAAUGGCAUCCUCGACCAAUGCAGCCCAGUGCAGUAACUACUAAAAUGCAAUCACUUGACGUUCUUCUGAUCACAUCGGCCGAUGGGAAAUUUCAUUUAGUAAACAGAAGUGGCAGAAUCGAGAAGAGUGUCGAAGCUCACAAAGGUGCGACAUUGGUAGGAAAGUGGAGUUACGAUGGUACAGCUUUACUAACAGCCGGGGAAGAUGGUUCUGUAAAGAUUUGGUCACGUAGUGGAAUGCUUCGUUCAACUGUUGUCCGAGGAAAUCAGCCAAUUUUGACCGCUGCCUGGAGUCCUGAUUGUUGCAGUGUAUUAUGCAGUCAGGGGCCGCACUUUCUAUUGCAGUCAUUAAAUUCUAAUUCAAAACCUCAUAAGUGGCUCGCACAUGAUGGCCUCAUUCUAGUCUCUUCGUGGAAUCAUAAUCAAGGGCUUAUAUUAUCCGGAGGUGAAGACUGUCGAUACAAGGUAUGGGAUUCAACUGGAAAUCCACUAUACAGCAGCAGUGAAGGAGACCAUCCCAUAACUGCAGUUGGUUGGUGUUACUCUGGGGAUUAUUUUGCAGUGGGAUCUUUCAACACGAUUAAGCUGUGUGAUAAGACAGGCUGGUCACAUUCUUUAGAAAAAGUGAAUACAGGUAGUAUUUACAGUAUAGCAUGGUCAAGUGAUAGUACUCAAGUAGCAAUGGCAUGUGGCAGUGGUACUGUUCUCACAGCACAUGUGAUUGAUAGACGAUUGGAGUGGAAUAAUUACGAAGCAACAUUAGUUAGACGCAAAACCAUAGAAGUAAGAGAAGUUGGUAGCGAGGGGCAUGAAACUUUAGAGAUAUCUGAUCGAGUGGUACAGUUUGAAUUUGGUUUUGACCAUUUGGUAGUUGUCACCCCGUCACAGUGUCACGUUUAUUCUGUAACAAACUGGAAUACACCAGCUAUAUUUGAUUUAAAAAAUGGAUUUGUAUCAGCUGUCAUUCUAGCUGACAAACAUUUUUUAUUGGUUGAAUGGAAUGUUGUUACUUUGUACAAUUAUCAGGGCCGUCUUUUGGGAUCUCCAAGGUGGAAGGGAAUGACACAGGAACCAUUGUACCCUCCUUGUAUAUCCCUGUGUUCAGAUUCUCUGGUUAUCAGAAGUCAGAGCAACGAAAAGUUACUGCACGUGUUAGAAUUAUCUCAUAAUAAACCCAUCGUGGAGGGACACUCGCAUUCACAUUUAGAAAGUGUUACAAGUCUGGCACUAAACCAUAUUGGAAAUGUGACCGAUCGCCAAUUAGCUCUGAUUGAUGUGAACAGGGAUUUGUUUUUGGUUUCCAUUCGUACCAGCGGAUUUGGUCGAGUAUGCAAAAUAGCUGUAAUGGCACAGAGCAUUGCCUGGGCAACCGAUUCGAAUGUUUUGGCAGCGAUGUUGGAUGCCACGCUAUCAGUCUGGUUGUGUCCAAAUUGCGUUCAUUACAGUGAUCGAAAAGUGAUACGCAAAACGAGAAUUGAUAAGGAAAAUAGCGAAUUUGGUAAGCAACCGAGCGUAAUUAGUGUUUACAAUGGUAUGGUCACAGUUCGUAGAGGAGAUGGUGCCUUGGUGGUUUCCUCCUUUUAUACAUUUUUCACGAGUCUGCAUCAACAUAUAAUUAACAACAGAUGGAAAGAGGCCCUUUCAGUUUGCAGAAUCGCACAGAACGAAAUUCUGUGGACAUGUAUGGCUGUUAUGGCAACGGACGCCAAAGACCUGAAUGCUGCAGAAGAGGCGUACGCAGCUAUAGACAGAUUCGAUAAAGUAGAUUACAUACAGUACAUUAAGCGAUUGCCCAACAAAGUGGAGAAGUUGGCAGAGAUGGCAUUACUGGCCGGUGACUUGUUAGCCGCUGAAGGAAUUCUCUUACAGAAUGGUCUCGUAUCCGAGGCGAUAAAUACGAAUAUAAAAAUGUACAACUGGAAUAGGGCAUUGGAAUUAGCGAUUAGACAUAAGAAACUAUUGGAAGAGGUCUUGGCUGCAAGGAAGGAAUAUCUGCGAGUCCUUGACAAAAAAGAGACGAACCAGAGUUAUCUCACCCUGAUAACGAACAUGAAAAAAGUACAGGAGUCUGCUGAGGAGUUACGCGUAAACGAGGAACAAGAAAAAGCGGACACCGAAACGGAGAAGUUGGUACCGUCUUAACGAGGAACAUCCGCUUGUCUGACAAUACGGUAUUUCUAUUUUGCGAAAUGUAAC